AAAAAAAGGAAACAGAUAAAUAAAACUGGAGGGUUUUCCCCAUGGCAUUAUUGUGUUUUGGUUGCUUUCUUGUGUUUUGGACCUAGAUGCUCUUGGGUCUAGCUUGGUCAGUACUGAAAACAGAAUCUUCUGUGGUUAUAAAUAGGUUGAGGAGGUGUUUUGGUGAAUGCUGUAUUACAGCAGAGCAAGAGCUAAUAAGGAGAAAUCAGUCUUUGGGAGGCUAUCAUAAAUGACCAGGCAGGAAGGAAAUGAUGAUGGCCUGGAAUAGAGAAGUGGCAUAAGCCAUGGAAGGGAGGAGUCAAAGCAUUCACGAGGUAUUUAGGAGAUCAGAUCUAUAGGAUUUGAUAAGCAACUGGGUAGGGAUAUGUGCAGGAGGGGCUGAGAAAGACUGCAAGGUUUCUAGCUUGAGGUACCAGGUGGACGAUAGUGCCAUUUAACACUGGAGGAAGAAUAAUUUGCGUGAGUGUUAAACGGGGGAUUUCAGUUCGCUUCAUACAUGCUGAGUUUGAGGGUCCACGUGGAGAUACCGUGUAGGCAGUUAUCUAUGUGAAUCUGUUGUUCAGUAAAAAAAUCUGGGCUGCAGAUAUAGUUCUGGGAAUCAGUAGCAUGUAGAUGGUGAUAAAGCCAAGCUAGAGGAUGAAUUCGCCUGGGGAGCGUGUUGCCUCUUAAACUUAACGUGGCUGCCGUGCAGCACUUGAUCCCGCCCUGCCAGCUUCUCCUUCACAGUACUUGACACCGACCCAGCUGCUUAGCCAAAAAUGGAAUCCUCCGUUUACACACAUAAAAUCCAUGGGUUCCGUCAGCUUACUCUGUGCCUGGACUGUUUUAGCACUGGGGAAACAGCAGUGGAUAAAACAAAGCCCUCACUCCCAUGGAGUUUACUUGGAAAAGAGUGGGACCGACAGGAAACAAAAUAUAUAUCAGAUGGCGUCUCUGUUUCAAUUGCCUGAAUUCCGAAGACUUGUCCUCAGCUAUAGCCUACCACAGAACGUACUUGAAAAUUGUCCAAGUCACACGGAAAAGAGAAAUAUCGUGUUUAUGCAGGAGCUUCAGUAUUUGUUUGCUCUGAUGAUGGGAUCAAAUCGCAAGUUUGUAGACCCUUCAGCAGCCCUGGACCUCUUAAAGGGAGCAUUCCGAUCGCCUGAGGAGCAGCAGCAAGAUGUGAGUGAAUUCACACACAAGCUCCUGGAUUGGCUAGAGGACGCAUUCCAGCUAGCUGUUAAUGUUAACAGCAAUCCCAGGAACAAAUCUGAAAAUCCAAUGGUGCAGCUAUUCUACGGUACUUUCCUCACUGAAGGGAUUCAUGAAGGGAAGCCCUUUUGUAACAAUGAGACCUUCGGCCAGUAUCCCCUUCAGGUAAAUGGUUAUCGCAACUUAGACGAAUGUUUGGAAGGGGCCAUGGUGGAGGGUGACAUUGAGCUGCUUCCUUCCGAUCAUUCAGUGAAAUAUGGACAAGAGCGUUGGUUUACAAAACUACCUCCAGUGUUGACCUUUGAACUCUCAAGAUUUGAGUUCAAUCAGUCCCUCGGUCAGCCAGAGAAAAUUCACAAUAAACUGGAAUUUCCUCAGAUCAUUUAUAUGGACAGGUACAUGUACAGGAGCAAAGAGCUUGUUCGAAGUAAAAGAGAGUGUAUUCGAAAGUUGAAAGAGGAAAUAAAAGUUCUGCAGCAAAAACUGGAAAGGUAUGUGAAGUACGGCUCGGGCCCGGCUCGGUUCCCACUCCCGGACAUGUUGAAAUAUGUUAUUGAAUUUGCUAGUACAAAACCUGCCUCAGAAAACUCUGCAUCUCAAAGUGACGCACGCAUGACGUUACCACUUUCUUCUGAGCACUGCCCGGCUUCUGACCUGAUAUCCAAGGAAAGUACAAGUAAAGAGAGCACGUGUCAAGAUGCUGAAAGCACCUUUUCUUCUGAAGGUUCUCUACACAAGUCUAAGGUGGCGAAUCAGCCACUUACACCUUCCCGAUCUUCCAUGGAAAUGCCCUCACACCCAGCUCCUCGAACGGUCACAGAGGAGGAGAUAAACUUUGUUAAGACCUGCCUUCAGAGGUGGAGGAGCGAGAUUGAACAAGAUAUACAAGAUUUAAAGAACUGUAUUGCAAGCACUACCCAGACUAUUGAGCAGAUGUACUGUGAUCCUCUCCUCCGUCAGGUGCCUUAUCGUUUGCAUGCAGUUCUUGUUCAUGAAGGACAAGCAAAUGCAGGACACUACUGGGCCUAUAUCUAUAAUCAGCCCCGACAAGUCUGGCUCAAGUACAACGACAUCUCUGUUACCGAGUCUUCCUGGGAAGAACUUGAAAGAGAUUCCUAUGGGGGCCUGAGAAAUGUUAGUGCUUACUGCCUGAUGUACAUUAACGACAAGCUACCCCACUUCAGUGCAGAGGCGGCCCCGGAUGAAUUAGAUCAGAUGUCAGGAGAAGUGGAAGCCCUCUCUGUUGAACUGAAGCAUUACAUUCAGGAAGAUAACUGGAGGUUUGAGCAGGAAGUAGAGGAGUGGGAAGAAGAGCAGUCUUGCAAAAUCCCUCAAAUGGAGUCUUCCACCAGCUCAGCAUCACAGGAUUUCUCUCCAUCACAAGAGUCUUCAGUCGCCUCUUCCCACGGGGCUCGCUGCUUGUCCUCCGAGCAUGCCGUGAUCGUGAAGGAGCAGACCGCCCAGGCUAUUGCAAACACGGCACGCGCCUACGAGAAGAGUGGUGUGGGAGCAGCGUUGAGUGAGCUUAAGGAAGCUGAACCCCAGAAGCCCAUGUCCCCGGAAACAGACCUUGCAGAGCAGCCCGAGCAGCCCGCACAGGCUCAUGACGCAGAGUCUGCUGCCCAGCCUAAUGCUGAGGUCUCUGAAGUCGAGAUUCCCAGUGUGGGAAGGAUUCUGGUUAGAUCUGAUGCAGAUGGAUAUGAUGAGGAGGUGAUGCUGAGCCCUGCCAUGCAAGGGGUCAUCCUGGCCAUAGCUAAAGCCCGUCAGACCUUUGACCGAGAUGGGUCUGAAGCAGGGCUUAUUAAGGCAUUCCAUGAAGAGUACUCCAGGCUCUAUCAGCUCGCCAAAGAGACCCCCACCUCUCACAGUGAUCCUCGACUUCAGCACGUGCUUGUCUACUUCUUCCAGAAUGAAGCGCCGAAAAGGGUAGUAGAGCGGACCCUUCUGGAACAAUUUGCGGACAAAAAUCUUAGCUAUGAUGAAAGGUCAAUCAGUAUUAUGAAGGUGGCUCAAGCGAAAUUGAAGGAGAUUGGUCCAGAUGACAUGAAUAUGGAGGAGUACAAGAAGUGGCAUGAAGAUUACAGUUUGUUUCGAAAGGUGUCUGUGUAUCUCCUGACAGGCCUGGAACUCUAUCAGAAAGGAAAGUACCAAGAGGCGCUUUCCUACCUGGUGUACGCCUACCAGAGCAAUGCCGCUCUGCUGAUGAAGGGGCCCCGGCGGGGCGUGAAAGAGUCGGUGAUCGCUUUAUACCGAAGAAAAUGCCUUCUGGAGCUGAAUGCCAAAGCGGCUUCUCUCUUUGAGACAAAUGAUGAGCACUCUGUAACAGAGGGUAUUAAUGUGAUGAAUGAGUUGAUCAUUCCCUGCAUUCACCUUAUCAUUAAUAACGACAUCUCCAAGGAUGACUUGGAUGCCAUUGAGAUCAUGAGAAACCACUGGUGCUCUUACCUUGGGCAAGAUAUUGCAGAAAAUCUGCAGCUGUGCUUAGGGGAGUUUCUACCCAGACUUCUAGAUCCUUCUGCAGAAAUCAUUGUCUUAAAGGAGCCUCCGACUAUUCGACCCAAUUCGCCCUAUGACCUUUGUAGCAGGUUUGCAGCUGUCAUGGAGUCAAUUCAAGGAGUGUCAACUGUGACAGUGAAAUAAGCCCCCACGUGUUCAAGUCCCAUCCUGGUCUUUGGUUGACUGCCUGUUGCACAGAAGUCUGUUGUCACAGUGUUUACCUUGGGAAGGGGAUUAGGUGGAAAAGUAAGAUUCAGAUCCAGACCCCAACCAUACUGUGUAUGUAAAGAAGGAUUGAAAAUAAAAUUGCACUUUUUAGGUACAGAAUCAUAAAAGCGAUUUCACUAAAAAAGGCAGGAACCAGUGUAUUAAGGUAUUGAUUUAUGGCAGAAGACCUGAAAUGCCUCUUGUACCUACCGGCGUGCUUGGGCUUUUCUAAGCCUCUUGACACUUUUAAAAUUAUCCUUCAGGCAUAAGUGUUUUUGACAGCAGAGUAGAAGGGUGAUUCAUCAGAACCUGAACCAUAUGAACAGCUACUAGUUAUUUUAUCAAAUACAGAUGACAUUAAAAAAUUCUUAACCGCAAGAGAGGAGAAGCAUACACCUCGCCUGGCUCUUGACAGGAGAUGACAAGAUACGUUGUUGAUGAACCACUGCCCUUUCACACGUGGGUAGAACAUAAGGUCAUGCAUGUGGCAGUAAGAUGUUCAAAAGUCAAAAGAAAGCUGCCUCUCCUUUCUUUCUUCUCUCUCUUUUACUUUAUGUUUUUAAAUAAACCAGAAAACCUCAUACUCAGUCCUGAGUGAAAGAAAGGAAGGCAUUAAGGACUUCAGAUGGAGUAACAACAUUGUGAAACUUGACUAAAGAUCACGUUUUCAUAGUCAACCAUUUAGGUAAAAAUUUCUAGUGUCUGAAAAGUGUCAAAACCCAUGUCUAAGGCUGCUGCUGGCCCAGAAGAACAUUUUGAUGCCCCUCCCCUUUUUUGCUUUUAAAAAAUAAGGGAUGUGGGUUUGUAAAAAGAAAAAAAAAAUCUAUAUAUAUAUGUAUAUGUAGAGAGAGAAAUAUCCCCUCUUGAUAAUUUUUAAAAGGCUCCAAAUUGGGUAUCCAAAUUUUAAGAUUAAUGAGGGAAUCGUGGGAGGGAAAAACACUUACUACAACAAUGCAGAUUUUAUAAAUGUGCAAUAAAAGUAUUUGUUUUACCUUUG